AUGAAAUUAAAAAAAGCGAAUAAGGUAAUAAAAAAUAUUUUAUUUAUUCCCAGAAUGAAAAACAGUAAGAUCAUAAAACUGUUAUUGGCGAUGUACACAGUGUGUGCAAGGCUUGAGUUGAGUGAUAUAAAGACAAUAGGAGAUUCAGUAGUUAUUGAAGAAGAUAACUUGUUAAUCUAUCCAGACGGACCAUUAAAUCCGCUCAGAGGAUAUAUCAUGCACAAGAGCGGAUGUAUGUACAACAAACGAUUAUAUGCGCCAGAAAUAAACACAUUGUAUAAAUUGGAAAAAAAAUAUGAAGAUGGAAGACCAAUUUAUGCUUAUACAAGAGAGCCAGUAAAUGAUGAAGUAUACAGUGAUAUUUGUGAGGACACAAAAAAGAAUGAAUAUCUCACACAGUCCCAUGCACUGCUAGUCAAAAUGUUUCCUUCGACCGACGGGUCAUUUUCUAUUGUAUCAGGAAGACAGGAUUCAAUUUAUUCAUUUCUUAUAAAAGAUAGAGUAAAGCCAGAGUGCAUGCACAUUAUGGCAGUCCUUUUCCUUCUGUCUGAGCAGGUGGAUGUUCCUUUUACUAUAGAAACAAAGAAAAAAGAGAAAAAACUUGUUCUAAAAAGUGCAGAUGGAACAACUGCAUACAUUAACCAGCCAAGAACAAACGAAAAUUUACUGAGUCUUAUUAAAUUCCUUAAAAAGUAUAUAGACAACGAAGGGGUGAAUCCAAGUGCAAUGAAGGGACUGCCCACUGAGCCAACUACGUAUGAGCAGUUCAUGACAGGAGAAUUUUUGAACACGUCCCAGUUCCUUAUUCAGUCGUACAUAUACGAGUUUAUUGACACAAAAGAAAAGUAUAUUGAGUUUGUAAAUGCUGUAUAUACUCUCUUGAACGACCAGAUAAAAAAUAAAAAGUCAUACGAAAGAGUACUUAACAAGUGCUUUGUAAAAGAAGAUGCACAAUCAAACGAAAUCGACCAUACUAAGAUUAUUUGCGAUCUUAAGGAUACAAUAGACAAGUAUAAAAUAUUUCCAUUCAUGGAUUCAUCACAGCUUCCGUCCUAUACUCGGGCCAAAUCAUAUGAUCGGGAAAAGGGCGAGUUCAUAAACAAUGAAAGCAGAAAGUACUCCAAUUGUGUAGAAACGACUCUGAUGGGUCUUUUCUUAUGCUUAGUAUAUGAUCCAAAUAAAAAGAAGUACAAUACAGACCAUCUGCCCGACAAUGAAGAAACUAAGCCACUGAAAGAAUUCUUCUGUGAGUACACUGAGCCAACUGAAGUCACUGAUUAUACAAUGCACCAAGAUUGGUGUAGAGUAGUGGCAGACUUGAAGAAUGCCAAGAUUCUUUAUAAAAAGGAGAAGACAAAUGAGCUAAAAAGCAGUUUGUUGAAUAUUCUCUAUGUUUUAUCGAAUAUAACUGGAAGCAAAGAAGAAGUAGUUAAAGAAAUUAAGUGCUUAGAAGAACUUCUUGCUGAUAGGAAGGUUAAUGAUGAGCUUGAUAUAGAAGAAUGCUUGACUAAAAUAUUCAAGGAGCUAUCAAAUAACAAGAAUCUUGAAAUAGAGUGUGACGAAUUCACAGUAGGUACGCGAGAAGAUAAUAAUCUGGACUUAUUUGGUGAGUUUAAGCUAGUAUAUACUUUCAAUAAGAAAAAAAAUGGAAUAUUAGUAGAGAUAACUCCUGGUCAUUCCUCAUUAAGCUUAUUGGAAGACCUAUUGUCUAGUGAAGAGGAAAAUAUUAUUAAAGAAAAGCUGACUGAAAUACAGAAUACUUAUAGUAAUAUAGAGAGUUACACUGCAUGCACAAUUAGACAGUACAUAAACAUAGAACUUGCUAAGAUGGAGCAAAAGUCUGUAUUUAGCCGGAUUAAAGAAAGUAUUAAAAAUAACCAUGAUAAUAUAAAUGAUAUUUUACUUCACGGGAUGAUUCGAUCUGUUGAACAAAAAGCAAGCAUUGUUGGAUACUUCUUGAUUAUGAAUGUAAAGAAUACUCUACCAAAAAACAAUUCACUAGUUCGGUUUACCAAUAAUCUUAUAGGAAGUACUCCAUUGGAUGAUCGAGUAACAAGAGAAGAUAUGCUUCUUUAUUGCUUUCUUAAUAAAGAUGGUAAGGGCUACUAUGCAAAAAUUGAGAGCGGCUGGGAAGAGGCUGCUACAAUUACUAAUGAUAAAUUCCGCCUAAUAAAUAGUAAAAUCUUAGUGGAAUUAAACUAUCCUCAUGAGAUUUCAUUAGAGUGUUUUAAAAAGUUGAUGAUAGUUGUAGCAAAUAGUGAUGAGAAGUAUGAUAUUAUUCUAGGAUCUUUAUUAAUUGAAAAUAUAGUAAUAUUUUCUAAAAAGACUAAUAACCCAACUAAAACGCUUUUAGAGCUCAUAAACAUAGUAGAUAAAACAGUUGUGCAGCCAGAUGGAUCAAAUAUGUUUGUUAUUUAUUUAAGAUGGGCUGUUAAUGUGAUAUUAUACAAUUUUGAUGUUAAGGAAGAGAUUACAAAGACUCUAAUGGAUCAAAUAGACGUUAAUUAUAGCUUUAAUAGAAACAACAAAUGGGAUUGUAUGUUUCUUAACCAUUCCUAUAUAUUGAAAUAUUUAAAAAAGAAUAAGGAUCUACUGUGCAAUAAAGAAAUCCCUGAAAGUGUUGAGAAGUACAACUGUAUUAUGAACAAAAUAAACAGCGCUACUCUGCCUAGUAAAGAAGGAUUUUUCCAGAGAGUUUUGAAUAUUUUUACGUAUAGAAAUACAUAAGCGCGUGUUGAAUUAUUUGUGUGUAAGUUAUAAGAAUAUACUGUUUUCUCUAUAUACAUGCAUUUAUUAUUAAGAGAGCAUAGAAAUAAAAAAUGUAAGGCCCGAAUAAUAUUUUAAUUUUAAUAAAUUAUGCAUAGUUCACA